CUGAUAAAGGAAAAGAAGAAACUAAUAAAAAACCAUAGUAUUAUUAGUUAAACUUGAAAGCACGAGGAGAAAAGUGUGUAGAAUCAAAAAACAUCAUAUCCCAGAGGCAGUGACCAAUCCCCAUUGACCACUUGUAACUAACUCUCCCCAAACAGAUUUUCUUUGCCCUAAUAAAAUCAUAAAUACACACUCAUCUAAUCACAUAAUUAACAUUAAUUACACGCAGAAUCUAUUGCAUUUCCCCCCUUUAGCCCCAUAAUCACCUACUCAAGCAAGGUAUAAUUUCUACCCAUUUCAAAAUUAGUGCUUUUCCAUCAUCAACUAAUUCAUCACCACUACAUAUAUACUCCUCCAAAAUCAUCCAAUUCCACUAUUCCCCCUUUCUUUCACAGACUCAUUUUUGCAAUGGUGUGUGCUUGUGAUUAUUCAGAGAUGUGGGAGAAUUUAGUGGGGUGUGUGUGUGGCAAGAUUAAAGACCAGCCCAGUGUUGGCAUUGAGAAGAAGAGGAAGAUUAAAGGCAUUGUUGUGCUGAAGAAGAAGAAUGUGAUGGAUGUCACCGACAUCCGCGCUUCCUUGGUGGACCGAAUUCACGAGCUCAUGGGCAAAGGCAUUUCCCUCCAGCUUGUCAGCUCCCACUCUGCUGAUCCUGCAAACUUGCUAAAAGGGAAGGUGGGAAAAGAGGCAUACUUGGAGGAUUGGGUGCCGAAGCUGACUUCUCUGAAUGCGGAGGAUGAUGCGUUGUUCGAUGUGAGCUUCGAUUGGGAUGAAUCUCUAGGCGUUCCUGGUGCUCUGAUUGUGAGAAACCAACACCGCAGUCAGGUAUACUUGAAGACUGUGAGGUUAGAAGACGUCCAUGGCUACGGUCCUAUGCAUUUCCUCUGCGAUUCUUGGGUUUAUCCUGCGCAUCGCUAUGCAUAUGAUCGCAUCUUCUUCACAAACGCGACGUACUUGCCAGCCGAGACGCCGGAGCCUCUGCUCUUUUAUAGGCAGCAAGAGCUCAUGAGCCUCCGAGGGACGGGCUCCGGGAUGCUCAAGGAGUGGGAUAGGGUCUAUGAUUAUGCAUACUAUAGUGACUUGGGUAUGCCUGAAAAUGGCCACCACUACGCUCGUCCGGUGCUUGGGGGCCCGGACUAUCCCUACCCUCGUAGAGCGAGAACCGGGCGUAAGCCUAACAAAAAGGAUCCCAAUACUGAAAGCAGGUUGUUUCUGCUGAGCUUGAACACAUAUGUCCCGAAUGAUGAGAGGUUCAACCAGGUCAAAUUCUCUGAUUUCAUAGGCUAUGCUCUUAAAUCUAUAGGCCAGGUUAUAGUGCCGGAGGUGAAGGCUUUACUUGACAAGACUAUCAAUGAGUUCGACACGUUUGAAGACAUUCUUCGUCUCUAUGAAGGCGGAGUCAAGCUGCCUGAUUCCCACUCGCUCAAGAAAAUCAGGCAGUGUGUUCCGUGGGAGCUGGUCCGGGAACUCAUCCGUUCGGAUGGGGAACGCUUUCUUAAGUUCCCCGUGCCGGAUGUCAUCAAAGGGGACAAAACUGCAUGGAGAACAGAUGAAGAAUUCGGAAGAGAAAUGCUCGCAGGAGUGAACCCUGUUGUCAUUCAACGUCUCCAGGAGUUUCCACCAAGAAGCAAACUAGACCGGGAACAAUAUGGCGAUCAAGAUAGCAGAAUCACACGAGAGCACCUCCACACGAACAUGAAUGGCCUCACCGUCGAUGAGGCCAUACAGAAAAACAAGAUGUUCAUAUUAGAUCAUCACGAUGCGCUGAUGCCGUACCUCCGAAGGGUCAACACCACUACAACAAAAACUUACGCUACCCGAACAAUCCUUCUCCUCCAAGCAGAUGGCACUCUCAAACCACUGGCGAUUGAACUAAGCUUGCCCCAUGAAAAUGGAGACGCCCUCGGUGCCAUAAGUCAAGUGUUCACUCCUUGCGAUCACGGAGUUGGGAGUGCCAUCUGGCAGCUCGCGAAAGCCUAUGUUGCAGUAAAUGAUUCAGGCUAUCAUCAACUCAUUAGCCACUGGCUGAACACUCACGCGGUGAUUGAGCCAUUUGUGAUUGCAACCAACAGACAGCUGAGCACGCUCCACCCUAUACACAAGCUUCUGAAGCCUCAUUUCCGCGACACAAUCCACAUAAACGCCUUGGCUAGGCAGAUCCUCAUCAACGCAGGUGGAGUGCUUGAGAUAACCGUCUUCCCAGCAAGAUACGCCAUGGAAAUGUCUUCUUUCGUCUACAGAAACUGGAACUUCACCGAGCAAGCACUCCCCGUAGACCUCAUCAAAAGAGGAGUGGCUUUUCCCGACCAAAGCCAUCCCUACGGCCUCAAACUGUUAAUUGAAGACUACCCCUUCGCUGUUGAUGGCUUGGAAAUCUGGUACGCAAUCGAAGCUUGGGUGACUGAGUACUGUUCCAUCUACUAUCCUGCUACAGACGAUGAGGUCCGAGGAGACACAGAGCUUCAAUCAUGGUGGAAGGAGCUUCGUGAAGUGGGACACGGCGACUUAAAGGACAAGCCGUGGUGGCCUAAGAUGGAGACAAGAGCUGAGCUCAUCCAAUCAUGCACAAUCGUGAUAUGGGUGGCGUCGGCCCUCCACGCUGCUGUCAACUUCGGGCAAUAUCCUUACGCGGGAUACCUCCCAAACCGCCCCACAGUGAGCCGUAGAUUCAUGCCUAAACCAGAUAGUGAUGAGUUUGCUGAGCUGGAGUCUAACCCAGACUUGGCCUACCUGAAAACUAUAACAGCUCAGCUGCAAACUUUGCUCGGGGUUUCUUUGAUUGAAAUAUUGUCUAGGCACUCGAGAGAUGAGAUAUAUCUUGGACAGAGAGAUAACCCCGAGUGGACUAGCGACGAGCGAGCGCUGGAAGCAUUCGACAGAUUCAGGGCAGCGCUGGUUGAGAUUGAGAAGAGAAUAAGGGAGAGGAACGAGGAUAAGACGUUGAAGAACCGUUAUGGGCCUGUGGAGGUCCCCUACAUGCUGUUAUACCCCAACACCUCUGAUUACAGUAGAGAGGGAGGCCUUACUGGAAAGGGUAUUCCCAACAGUAUCUCUAUCUGAACAUGGUCAUUUUCUGCAUCCCUUAUGUCUAGCACUAAAGCAGUAGCAAUUCUUUUACAUCUCAACUAGUUAUUGUUUGUGAUUACAUGUGUUCUAGCUUUGUUUCACCACAUUAUAAAUUACAACUACAAUUCUUUUUGUCAUUAUAUAUGGUUUCUGUAAAUGUCAUGCUCUUUUCCUAUACUCCACCAAACUACUAGAAUUUGAUGGAACAACAAAAAAAAUGUAGAAAAGGGUAAGCCUAGUCAUAUAAUUGGCUAAUCCAUAUCACCUUAUCCACCCAAUAUCCAACCAUUUAGUCAUCAAGUACUAUUCCAAACUCCUCCUUCCAUUUCCCACCACCCAACCAAUUCAUGGCCAUGGCAACCCAAGCCUCCCUCUUCUCCGCCACCGUCGGCCCCAAAUCCGCCGACAGCGUGGCAGCCCCAUGGAAGCAAUCCCUCGCCCACUUCCCAUCCCACAAGCCAACUAAAACCCAAACCCAACGCCCCAUCCGCGCCAUGGCCGAGGAGGCCCCCACCAAGAAGGCUGAAGCUCCUGCGGGAUUCACCCCCCGGAGCUGGACCCCACCACCCCAUCACCGAUAUUCGGAGGCAGCACGGGAGGGCUGCUCCGGAAGGCGCAGGUGGAGGAGUUCUACGUGAUCACAUGGGAGUCCCCGAAGGAGCAGGUGUUCUAGAUGCCGACAGGCGGCGCAGCCAUCAUGAGGCAGGGGCCGAACCUGCUGAAGCUGGCGAGGAAGGAGCAGUGCCUGGCACUGGGAACACGGCUCCGGUCCAAGUACAAGAUAAACUACCAAUUCUACCGGGUGUUCCCCAACGGAGAGGUGCAGUAUCUGCACCCCAAGGAUGGGGUCUACCCGGAGAAGGUCAACGCCGGCCGGACCGGAGUCGGCCAGAACUUCAGGUCCAUUGGGAAGAAUGUCAGUCCCAUUGAGGUCAAGUUCACCGGCAAGCAAGUCUAUGAUUUGUGAUCAUUUCAUCACAUUAAUUACUCACUUCUAUUUCUAUCUAAUCUUAAACGC